AUGCCUUCCCCGACCCCAUCGCCUUAUGAAGUGACUAAACUUUCAAUUAUCACCUCUCAUCCCGUCAACCGCGGCGCUCCGGAUCAGUUGGAUAAAUUGUUGUCAUCAGGAGCUGAUCCCAACUACCUGCCAGGAAAAGCUAGCCAAUUGCUCUCCGAGACUGAGCCAGACUGGGCUUAUCAGGGCCCGCCGCCGCAGUUUGAACUGCAUGGUGAACAAUGGCUCCCUCCCCUUUACUCUGCCGCCUAUGCCAGAAAUGCAAGCCAACAGAGCAAGGACGAAAACUUCCGAAUGGUCACCUCUCUGCUUAAGCACGGAGCCGACCCGUUUUUGGAAUUUCCCCAAGCUUUAUACCACCCCCCUCGCGAUUCGCACCCCCGAGCACCCUUCCCUGGUGAAGAUCCCCCACGAAGGGCGAUUCCGGACGUUUCAAGCGAAGUAGAGUGGGAUGACUUGGGCGAUAAAAUGGUGCACAAUUCGGACGACGACAUUGAAGACGAGGAGGCACCGCAUCGACCGGGUGUCAGGCAUGUUCUCCAUGCCAUUAUCGAAGACAGCGGCCGCUUCAAGCCAUUUAUGGACUUCCCUGGGUUUCUGGAGUCAUUGAACAUUGAGCACCGUGAUCCGCAAGGCCGUACGCCUUUACUGAGUGCUUGCCGAAGUGCUCUUGGUGCAGAUGCUCGUGCUGGGACUGGAUUAGCUGAUCUUUCAUGGAACUCGGAUGUUGGAGGUUUUGACAGCAACCCAUAUCCAGAAUGGGAUCUAGACUCCGGCCCUACAGACUGGGACUAUCCAGAUCCCGGGACCGAGACACUCGUUGAUGUCUUUCUCCUGCUCGGAGCUAACCCUCUCGCGGUAGACCAUCAAGGCAAGAACGCAUUGCACCAUCUUCUCGUUGAAGAGCAAAAUAACCAGAACGCACGCUUCCAUAGCCUUGCAGUUGUUCGUCGCACCCUGCGUAUCCUUUCUUCCAGGUACCCUUCGCUGGUCAGCCAACCUGAUCAGCACGGGACAUAUCCUUUACACGCUGCUCUUCGACGAAUGCGGCUUCACCCAAAGCGUAACUUGUAUAUCGACAUGGCAGAGUUACAAGGCUGCUUGCUUGAAUUGCUGCAUGCCGGUGCUGAUCCACGAGUCAAGUGA